UAAAUCUUUGGUCCAACUUGAAAAGGAGAUCUAAUUCGUUCUCUAAACUCGCAUCAGAGUCCUGUAUCAGUCUUCAAAUGGCUCAACCAGUUCAGAUGCAGGGGGUUUAAUGCGCAGCCUUUCGUGGACACAUUGCUGAACCAAGGGAAGACGAGGCGAGCUCCAGGCAAGCUUUCCACACUGACAGCUGGUUUUCAACUGAAAACAUUUCUUACUACCGGCAAGACAAUUUCACUUAAGACAAAUUUGUCCGGUAAUCUCUUUAUACCGCAAGAGGGACAAGUCGCAAGCGCAUAAGCAUGCCAAGGGUUUUAUAAGAUUUGAAGCUGGACUUGAACUAUCCUUGUGCCAAGAAAGCGAUUAAAUUUAAUCUUAAUCAGGGCAGAUCUAUCAAAUUUAAUCACAGAAACUUUUGUUUGGACUACGUGUUUUUCAUAUUCAGGUUAAUUUCGCGGCGGGGAGUUCUGCGCCUGUAUAAAUUGUACAUUUCGGAAGUCGGAUCUGUUGCACUGAACAGUUCUAAGCCGCUGUCGCUCUCCCUAAUGACUAAAUGAAAGUGUACAGUGCUUGCAUUACGCCUGUAAUUUGAAGAUAUUCUUGCAACCACCAGAGCUACGAAAAAACAUCGUUUGGAUGAUAGGUUAAUAACAGCGAUGGUGCAUCUCUUAACGCAAAUCUACCCUUUACAAGUGGAUAUAUUUACACCAUUCAAGACAAAGAAGUGAUAUAACUGCCAGCUAUCAAAAAUGAAGUACCUGCAGUCACACUCUGUAAUUCACCUGUUUUUCUUUCUUUACCUGGUUACAAGCAAAAAGGUGCUCAUUCCAACUACAGAGCUGAUAGAAUGGGGAGAAAGUGACAACGAAGAGAACUUGGCUCAUGAAGCCGCCAGCCCACGGAUUGUCAAUCCUCUGCGCCUGUUUGCAAGAGGAUCCCCAGGGCUCAAGCAGAACAUCAGGGAAAUAACAUACCUGGAAAAUGUCGAGGACUUCUGGGACUGGUUAGCUAACCAGACAGAUGUCCAGGAGACUCAUGCACGAACUAAACGCAGACCCAUUGUGAAGACUGGAAAAUUUAAAAAAAUGUUUGGAUGGGGUGACUUUCAUUCAAACAUUAAAACCGUCAAAUUGAACCUGCUUAUAACUGGCAAGAUUGUGGAUCACGGAAAUGGCACAUUCAGUGUUUAUUUCAGGCACAACUCGACUGGCCUUGGGAAUGUGUCCGUGAGUCUCGUGCCACCUUCCAAAGUGGUGGAGUUUGAAGUAUCUCAGCAGUCAACACUGGAGACCAAGGAUUCCAAGGCUUUCAACUGCCGUAUAGAGUAUGAGAAGACUGACAGAGCAAAGAAGACAGCGCUGUGCAACUUUGACCCUUCCAAGGUUUGCUACCAGGAGCACACGCAGAGCCAUGUCUCUUGGCUAUGUUCCAAGCCGUUUAAGGUCAUAUGCAUCUACAUUGCUUUCUACAGCGUUGAUUACAAACUGGUGCAGAAGGUUUGCCCUGAUUACAACUAUCAUAGUGACACUCCCUACUUCUCCUCAGGCUGAUCAUGCAGCGGCAGGUUGCCUAGAUUGUCCAUGAGUAUAGACACCACUCUUGCUCCUGACCUUGUCCCUCCGACCGCUUGGCAGUCACACCAUGCAUCUCACAUGCCCUCACUUUCCCUGCGAAGUUCCUGUACUGUAGGUCAAAAAUAGACCUUUCCUAUAAUCUAUCAUCUGGAACCCAGCUAAAGACUUCACUGGGCUAAAAUAAGCAACUAGAAACUCAGAACCUUUGGAAGUGUUCAAUAUAAUAGUAGGUUCAUUCACUCUUUCAGAUGUAUUCAAAGUACAGUACAAUGAAAGUUUCCACUAUUCUUCUGUUGUCAGUGUGUGUAUUUGUAUUGUACAUCUCAAAUACAGUAUUCCUUAGAGACUGCCUACAACAUCUUUUUGCUGUGUUUUCUGCCACAAGAACAAAAUUCUGUUUCUUUUGGUGUGUGAGAAAGUACAUUUUUUUCCCCAACAGAAAAGGCAAACAGACUCAAUCAAACACAAUUGUGUCAUACGGACAUUACACAUAAUGUAGAUGGACAAAGACCAUGACUCUACUCUACUGUUAAAGAUGUCAAAAGCAUAUAGUAAGGACACAGAAACACUAGCACCAAUUGAGCAGGUGCUUACAGAGCAAAUACUAAGUUCAGAAGCUGUAAACAUUACUGUUUUGACACAAACUAUGCAUUUGGCAACUAUUUUUUGGUGCUGUUGUUGCACAUUUUGUUUUUAAAAAAUAGUACAGUUGUAAGAAAAAGUUUGAACCUCUUAGAAUUACUUGGAUUUCUGCAUUAAUUACUCAUAAAAAUGUGGUCUGAACUAAGUCACAAUAAUAGAUAAACACAGUCUGCUUAAACUAAUAACACACAAACAAUUGUAGUUCUUCUUGUCAAUAUUGAACACAUCGUUUAAACAUUUACGGUCCAGGCUGGAAAAUGUAUGUGAACCCUUGUACUUAGUAACUGGUAGAACUCCUUUAGCAGCAAUAACCUCCACUAAAGGUUUCCUGUAGCUGCUGAUGAGACUUGCACAACGGUUAGGAGGAAUUCUAGACCAUUCCUCCUUCCAAAACUGUGUCAGUUCAUUGAUAUUUCUGGGAUUCCUUGCGUGAACAGCUCUCUUCAGGUCAUGCCAUAUCAUCUCAAUUGGGUUGAGGUCUGGACUUGACCAUUCCAGAACACUACUUUUCUUCUGUUUAAACCAUUCUGUUGUUGAUUUACUCCUGUGUUUUGGGUAUUUGUCUCGUUGCAUCACCAAACUUCUAUUAAGCUUAAGUGAUGGACCGCUACCCUGACAUUCUCCUGUAAAACCUCUUGAUACAAUUUUGAAUUCAUUGUUCCCAAGACAGCUUGUUGGCAAGCUGUCUAGACCCUGAGGCAGCAAAGCAGCCCCAAACCAUGAUGCUCCCUCCACCAUGCUUCACAGUUGGGAUGAGGUUUUAAUGUUGGUGUGCAGUGCUUUUUUCCCUCCAAACAAUGCGUUGUGCGUUUCUGCCAAAGAUUUCAACUUUUGUCUCAUCCAUCCACAGAACAUUGUCCCAGAGGCAUAGUGAAACAUCUAGGUGGUGUUUUACAAACUUGAGAUGGGCAGUAAUGUUUUUUUUUUUUAGCACUGGUUUCCUCUGUGGUGUCUUUUCAUUAACACCAUUCUGGUUCAGUGUUUUUCUGAUAAUGGACAUAUGAACAGAGACUUGGGCAAGUUCAAGAAAUUUCUGCUGGUCCUUUACUGUUACCCUAGGGUUCUUUUUCACCGCCUUCAGCAUUGCACGCUGCACUCUUGCCCUGAUCUUUGCAGGACGCCCACUCCUUGGGAGAGUAGCAACAGUACUGAAUUUCCUCCAUUUGUAGACAACUUGUCUUAUUGUGGAUUUAUGAACACCAGGGCCUUUAGAAAUGCUUUUGUAGCCUUUUCCAACUUUAUGCGUCUCUACAAUUCUUCUUCUAAGGUCCUCUGAUAUUUAUUUUUGAUCGGGCAUGGUCCACAUGAACAGCUCUUUCUUCAGAAGAGCAGACUCUGUCAGUAACCAACUUUGUGUGUGUUUUUUUGGGGGGGGGAAGGGCACCUGACUCCAAUUUGCUUUUGGAGAAGUCAUUAGCCUAGUGGUUCACAUACUUUUCCAGCUUGGACUGUGAAUGUUUAAACAAUGUUUUCAGUACUGACAAGAAGAAGUACAAUUGUUUGUGUGUUAUAAGCUUAAG